AUGCAUGAUCGUCAAAUAAUUGCGAAGCGGAAAUGUGUCUUGGUGAAAUAUGCUGGGGAUACGAGAUAUGAUCCAGAGCUGGUUGCAACGCACACAAAGUUGAUAGGUCAGGGCCUCACGGUAAAAGCUCACAAGCUGUCCGAAGUAGAGGAACAUAUUUUCGAUCCCAGCGUCCAAGUUGUGUCUAUCGACGAAGGACAAUUCUUCACUGAUUGUGCCGAAACAUGUGACAGGCUGGCAAGUGUGGGCAAAGUGGUGUACGUAGCAGCCUUGAGCGGCACCUUUGAACGAAAGCCGUUCCCACAAGUGUCGUUACUCCUGCCGUAUGCUGACGAGAUCAAGCAAGUCGUUGCAGUAUGUAUGGGAUGCGGUUCUGAUGCGAGCUACUCGUUCCGAAACACUCUCGACAAGAAG